UUUCUCUUUUUUGUCUCAUUUCCUAGAAUCCUUUCCUUAUUCCAUUUCAUUUUUCAUUCGUCAUCGAUCCUUUGACGUUGUGAUUUGAGAUCUGUAAAAGAUUAGAUUGUGGUGAAAUAUCUAUUUUACUAUUUUAUUUAUACGUGUAUGUUGUGAGAUUUUAGUUGACCCCAAUUAAAUGGGGGACUCUUUAGAAGGGAGUGAAAAUACUCCCGAGCCUCAAAAUGUCGCAGUCGUGGAUUUUACGGCUUUUACAAAUUUUAUUUUGAAGGCGGCUACCGUCCUUUUGCCUGAGGAUGAUAGCCAAGCGGAACCAACAAAUUUAGUAAGUGCCUUAGAUGAUAAGGCAAACCAGGAAUGCAUUCGGAAAUUUAUAAGCGAUCCUCAAGUUUCUACAUUAUACGUCCAGCGAAAUUCCUCUAAAGAUGAUGACAAUGAUCAGCCCCCUGAAGGCGAAGAAGAAAAAGAGCCUGUUACAUACUAUGUCAGUAAUGAAGUUCACUAUUCAAACUCUAAAAUGUCGAGUUUGGUUUGUAUUAAAAGAGGGCCAGUGGUAGAAGCAGAUAAAAGUAUUAGGGCACAGGUGCGAUUGAUGAAUUUCAGCGAUGGAUCGCCUUAUGAGAUUUUACACGAUUAUGUUAGCCGAACAGUGGCUCCAUUUUUUAAAUCGUAUGUAAAAGAAUCUGGAAGGGCAGAUCGUGAUGGCGAUAAGAUGGCUCCUGCUGUUGAAAAAACUAUUGCUGAACUUGAAAUGGGGUUAUUGCAUUUACAACAAAAUAUAGAUAUUCCUGAAAUAACCUUACAGGUACAUCCUUACGUUGCCAGUCUCAUUAAACAGUGUGCUGAUGAAGGAAGAAAACCGAAAGUUGCAGAUUUUAGCGACAAAGUUGAAGAUUCCAAUUUCCUUAAUCAAUUACAACAUGGUGUAAAUCGUUGGAUAAAAGAAAUUCAGAAGGUGACAAAAUUAGAUAGAGACCCUUCAUCAGGUACAGCCCUGCAAGAAAUAAGUUUUUGGUUGAAUCUUGAAAGAGCUUUGCAUCGAAUCCAAGAGAAGCGUGAAAGUAUGGAAGUUGCUUUAACUCUAGACAUUCUGAAGCACGGUAAACGUUUCCAUGCAACUGUAUCGUUCGACACCGAUACUGGAUUGAAACAGGCCAUUGCCACCGUUAAUGAUUACAAUCCAUUAAUGAAAGAUUUUCCCAUCAAUGAUCUACUGGCUGCUACCGAACUGGAGAGGAUUAGAGCAGCUGUGCAACUAAUUUUUGCUCAUUUACGUAAAGUGAGGUCCACCAAGUAUCCCAUCCAGAGGUGUUUGCGACUUGUAGAAGCCAUUUCAAGAGAUUUGGGUGCUCAAUUGUUAAAAGUUCUGGGUACAAGGAGAUUGAUGCACAUUCCAUUUGAUGAGUUUGAGAAAGUUAUGACUCAGUGUUUCGAUGUCUUUGCUAUUUGGGAAGACGAGUAUGAAAAAUUGCAAGCAUUACUAAGGGAUAUAAUGAAGAAAAAACGUGAUGAGCACAUGAAGAUGGUUUGGCGUAUUUCUGCACAGCACAAGAAACUGCAAAGUAGAAUGGAGCAAAUGCGAAAGUUCCGCAGGCAACACGAACAACUUCGAACUGUCAUAGUUCGUGUUUUGAGACCAACUAUUAGAGAAGCGGCAGCUCCUAUUGAAGGAGAGGACUUGGAACCACCGAAGCCUACCUUUUCCCUUGAUGCAGCCGACGCAAAUGCCAUAGAGGAAGUGAAUUUAGCUUAUGAAAAUGUCAAAGAAGUGGACUGCUUGGAUAUUUCCAAAGAAGGUCAAGAUGCUUGGGAUGCGGCAGUUCAAAGAUACGAAGAACGAAUCGAUAGAGUUGAGACUCGAAUUACAGCCCACCUUCGCGAUCAACUCGGAACUGCUAAGAAUGCGAAUGAGAUGUUCCGCAUUUUCUCUCGAUUUAACGCUCUCUUUGUGAGGCCACAUAUCAGGGGCGCUAUAAGAGAAUAUCAGACCCAUUUGAUACAGCGAGUGAAGGAUGACAUCGAGGCUCUUCAUGAAAAAUUCAAAGUGCAGUAUCCUCAAAGUAACAGUGCAAGGAUAAGCAAAGUACGUGAUUUACCUCCUGUUGCGGGAUCUAUCGUUUGGGCAAAACAGAUUGAUCAUCAACUUACUACUUAUUUGAGGAGAGUUGAAGAUGUCCUUGGUAAAGGAUGGGAGAACCACAUAGAAGGUCAAAAACUGAAAGCCGAUGGCGAUAGCUUUCGUUUGAAGUUGAACACCCAGGAAAUUUUCGAUGAUUGGGCUCGCAAUGUGCAACAGCGUAACUUGGGAGUGUCAGGGAGAAUUUUUACCAUAGAAGCGGUGAGAUCGAGAACUGGCAGGGGCAACGUGUUGAAGUUGAAGGUUAACUUCCUGCCGGAAAUUAUAACGUUGGCCAAAGAAGUUCGUAACUUGAAAUGUCUUGGCUUCCGUGUACCUCUGGCCAUUGUGAAUAAGGCGCAUCAAGCUAAUCAGCUGUACCCAUUCGCCAUUUCGCUUAUCGAGAGCGUCAGAACGUAUGAAAUGACACUGGAGAAGAUCGAAGACAAAGCCAGCAUAAUUCCACUUGUGGCUGGAAUGAGGAAGGAAGUACAACAACUGAUAGCCGAAGGCAUCCAAUUAGUUUGGGAAAGUUAUAAGUUAGAUCCUUACGUUCAGCGUCUCUCCGAUACAGUGGUCAGCUUCCAAGAACGUGUAGAAGAACUCGUAAUUGUUGGGGAACAACUUGAAGUCGACGUAAGAUCUUUGGAGACGUGCCCUUACUCUGCCAAUACUUUCGCCGAUAUUUUAUCUAAAAUUCAACACGCAGUUGACGAUUUAUCUUUGAAGCAGUAUUCCAAUUUACACAUUUGGGUCAGCAGAUUAGACGAAGAGGUCGAAAAAAAUUUAGCUCGUCGCUUGCAAGCAGGUAUCGAAGCAUGGACCGACGCCUUGAGCGGGCAGAAGAAGGAAAUAGAUCACAGCAUGGAUACGGAUGCUCCUGCUCAGCCUACGCAUAAACCUGGCGGGGAUCCCCAGAUUCAAAUAGCAGUACACGAAGUCCGUAUUACCAACCAAACGAUGUACUUGUAUCCGAGUAUAGAAGAGGCCCGUUUCCAAAUUAUGCAACAACUGUUCGCCUGGCAGGCGAUCGUUACGUCGCAGCAACGAUUGCAGAGCAGCAGGUAUCAAGUAGGGGUCGACAAACCAGUCACAGAAACUUAUAGGAAUAUUUUGACAAAGUUGCCCGGUGGUUCUGUACCGUUGAAUAAUGCUUAUAGUGCAAUUGCCUCCAAGAUAAAAGAGGUACAAAAUUAUGUCGGUGAGUGGUUAACUUACCAAUCCUUAUGGGACCUACAGGCUGAUAAUUUGUAUGGAAAUUUGGGAGAUGACAUUAGCAAGUGGAUGGAGUGCUUAAAUGAUAUCAAGAAGACCAGAACUACCUUUGAUACAUCAGAUACUCGCCGAGAAUUCGGACCCAUCGUAAUAGACUUUGCUAAAGUCCAGAGUAAGGUUUCCCUGAAAUAUGAUUCUUGGCACAAGGAAACCCUAGGCAAAUUUGGAAGUUUGCUCAGCAACGAAAUGACCACCUUCCACGCGAAUGUUUCCAAAUCUCGAUCAGAUCUGGAACUUCAAAGCAUAGAAGCGGCUAGUACGUCCGAUGCAGUCAGCUUUAUCACCUACGUUCAACAGCUGAAGCGUAACAUGAAGGCUUGGGAGAAACAGGUCGAUAUAUACAAAGAGGGGCAGAGAAUUUUGGAGCGUCAGCGGUUCCAGUUCCCUACCUCGUGGUUGCACGUUGAAAAUCUUGAAGGGGAAUGGGGGGCGUUUAAUGAGAUCAUCAAACGUAAGGAUUCAAGCAUUCAAACGCAAGUUGCGAGCCUCCAACAGAAAAUCGUCUCUGAGGAUAAAGCCGUGGAAAGUCGCACCAAUGAUUUCCUGGGCGAUUGGGAAAGAAGCAAACCUGUCGAAGGUCAUCUGAGACCCGACGAGGCCUUGUCACAAUUGCAAUUGUUUGAGAGUAAGUUUGCUCGACUGAAAGAAGAGAGGGACAAUGUUGCUAAGGCCAAAGAAGCUCUUGAAUUGCAAGAACCAGGCGGUGUAAGCACAAGUGAAGAUCGCAUGCAAGUCGUCUAUGAAGAGUUGCAAGAUUUGCGUGGCGUCUGGUCUGAACUGUCCAGAAUUUGGCAACAGAUCGAUGAAACUAGAGAAAAGCCUUGGUUGUCUGUACAACCUAGAAAACUCCGUCAACAGCUGGACGCGAUGUCUGCUCAAUUGAAAGAACUCCCUGCUCGAUUGAGGCAAUAUGCUUCUUACGAAUAUGUGAAGAAAACUCUCCAGACUUACACUAAAGUCAACAUGAUGAUUGUAGAAUUGAAAUCGGACGCUCUGAAGGAGCGCCACUGGAAGCAACUGAUGAAACAGUUGAGAGUAAACUGGGUUCUCUCUGAUUUAACCCUCGGACAAGUAUGGGACGUAAACCUACAGAAGAACGAAUCGAUUGUUAAAGACAUCAUUCUCAUAGCUCAGGGAGAGAUGGCUUUAGAAGAAUUCUUGAAACAAGUUCGUGAAUCUUGGCAAACAUACGAGUUGGAUCUGAUCAACUACCAAAAUAAAUGUAAACUUAUCCGAGGCUGGGAUGAUUUGUUCAACAAGGUUAAAGAGCACAUUAAUUCCGUUGCCGCCAUGAAACUGUCACCUUAUUACAAAGUAUUCGAGGAAGAGGCCCUUACAUGGGAGGAGAAAUUGAACCGCAUCAAUGCUUUGUUUGAUGUAUGGAUUGACGUGCAGAGAAGAUGGGUAUAUCUGGAAGGUAUAUUUUCUGGAAGUGCUGACAUUAAAACUCUUCUACCAGUCGAGACUUCUCGUUUCCAAAGCAUCAGUUCGGAAUUCCUGGGUCUAAUGAAGAAAGUCAGUAAGAGUCCGAUGGUCAUGGAUGUUCUGAAUAUACCGGGUGUUCAAAGAGCAUUGGAAAGACUGGCUGACUUACUUGGAAAAAUUCAGAAAGCUCUUGGAGAGUAUCUGGAAAGGGAACGUACUUCUUUCCCCAGAUUUUACUUUGUUGGAGAUGAGGAUUUGUUGGAAAUCAUUGGUAACAGCAAGAAUAUAGCCAGAUUGCAAAAGCACUUCAAGAAAAUGUUUGCCGGAGUUGCUUCUAUCCUGCUGAAUGAAGAUAACAACAUCAUUACUGGCAUUGCGUCCCGAGAAGGAGAAGAAGUUGUUUUUGGCAAUCCAGUUUCGACCAUCGAACACCCCAAGAUCAAUGAGUGGCUCACUCUAGUAGAAAAAGAGAUGCGUGUUACGUUGGCUUCAAACCUGACUCAAGCCGUGCAGGACAUCAAACAGUUCAAAGAUGGCAUAGAUUCAAAAUUAUACAUGUCAUGGGUAGAUAAGUACCAAGCACAAAUCGUUGUGCUCGCUGCGCAGAUCUUCUGGAGUGAAGAUGUGGAAGCGGCUCUAGUUAAAAUGAACAGCGAACCUCAGAAGGAACCUCUAGAGAAGGUCUUGCAACAAGUCGAGAAUACUUUGAAUGUUUUAGCAGAUUCUGUACUCCAAGAACAGCCUCAGCUACGUAGGAAGAAGUUGGAACACUUGAUUAAUGAAUUUGUUCACAAGAGAACUGUUACUCGCAGGCUUAUCGCCAACGGUGUCUGUAGCAAUAAAGCUUUCGAAUGGCUGUGCGAGAUGAGAUUCUAUUUCGAUCCGAGACAGACGGAAGUUUUGAAGCAACUUACCAUUCAUAUGGCCAAUGCCAGGUUCUACUACGGCUUUGAAUAUCUCGGCGUGCAAGAUAGACUCGUUCAAACACCACUAACUGAUAGAUGCUACCUAACUAUGACCCAAGCUCUCGAGGCAAGGUUGGGCGGAUCACCCUUUGGUCCUGCUGGAACUGGUAAAACUGAGUCAGUUAAGGCACUCGGUAAUCAACUAGGUCGUUUUGUGUUGGUAUUCAAUUGUGAUGAGACAUUUGACUUCCAAGCCAUGGGAAGGAUCUUCGUGGGUCUUUGCCAAGUGGGUGCUUGGGGUUGUUUCGAUGAAUUUAAUAGAUUGGAGGAGAGAAUGUUGUCUGCUGUUUCCCAGCAAGUGCAGACCAUUCAAGAGGCUCUGAAAUCUCAAAGGGAAGCCAGUGCUGAUGGUGUCUCUGUUGGAAGUAUUAGUGUCGAAUUGGUGGGAAAACAAGUGAAAGUCUCACCAGAUAUGGCCAUAUUCAUCACCAUGAAUCCUGGAUAUGCCGGAAGGUCCAACUUACCCGACAACUUGAAGAAACUUUUUAGAUCCUUGGCUAUGACAACGCCCGACAGACAACUCAUUGCAGAGGUCAUGCUGUUCUCACAAGGUUUCCGCCAAGCUGAGAAACUAGCUUGCAAAAUUGUCCCAUUCUUCAAGCUGUGCGAUGAGCAGUUGUCAAAUCAGUCCCAUUACGAUUUCGGUUUGCGUGCGCUGAAAUCUGUGCUGAUUUCUGCUGGUAACGUGAAGAGGGAUAGGAUUCAGCGAAUCAAAGAAGGCAUGACUCAACGUGGCGAGACUAAUAUCGAUGAGGCGAGUAUUGCUGAGAAUCUACCAGAACAAGAGAUAUUGAUACAAUCCGUGUGCGAAACAAUGGUUCCUAAACUUGUGGCAGAGGACAUUCCGCUGCUCUUUAGUCUGUUGAAUGAUGUGUUCCCUAAUGUGCAAUAUACAAGGGCAGAAAUGAAAGGUCUCAAGGAUGAAAUUAGGAAAGUAUGUGCCGAAGAAUAUCUGGUAUGUGGCGAGGGUGAUGAACAAGGAGCAGCUUGGAUGGAAAAGGUACUGCAAUUAUACCAAAUCUCAAAUCUCAACCACGGUUUGAUGAUGGUAGGCCCCAGUGGUUCUGGUAAAAGCACUGCUUGGAGGGUCCUCCUUAAGGCGUUAGAGAGAUACGAGGGAGUUGAAGGUGUUGCUCAUGUCAUCGAUCCAAAAGCCAUUAGCAAAGAAGCCCUCUACGGUGUGUUAGAUCCCAAUACGAGAGAGUGGACCGACGGUCUUUUUACCCACAUUUUGAGGAAAAUCAUUGACAACGUGAGAGGUGAAAUUAAUAAACGUCAGUGGAUUAUCUUCGAUGGUGAUGUUGACCCUGAGUGGGUAGAAAAUUUGAAUUCGGUUCUUGACGAUAAUAAAUUGUUGACCCUGCCUAACGGAGAACGUCUUUCCCUUCCACCUAAUGUCCGAGUUAUGUUCGAGGUACAAGAUUUGAAAUACGCUACUUUAGCCACAGUAUCUCGUUGCGGCAUGGUGUGGUUCUCGGAAGACGUCUUGUCUACUGAAAUGAUCUUUGAGAAUUACAUAUUGAGGUUGAAGAACAUCCCUCUCGAAGAAGGUGAAGAUGAGAGCUUUGGAAAGAAAUCAGAAAGCAAAGAUGAUAUGUUGUCACCCACUCUUCAAGUUCAGAUCGAUGUGGUUAACUUGCUGCAGCCCUAUUUGGCACCUGACGGACUCGUCGUUAAGUGUUUGGAAUAUGCCAUGGAACAGGAACAUAUCAUGGAUUUCACCAGGUUGCGGGCAUUGAGUUCUCUCUUCUCCAUGUUGAAUCAGUGUGUGAGAAAUGUUCUACUAUACAACCAUUCCCAUUCCGAUUUUCCACUAUCGAGUGAAUCUUUGGAGAAAUAUAUUCCUAAAUGUCUGGUAUACUCCGUCCUUUGGAGUUUUGCUGGUGAUGCCAAAUUGAAAGUGAGAUCUGAACUCGGAGAUUUCAUCAGAUCUGUUACGACCGUACCACUACCACCCGAUAACAACAUGCGUAUUAUCGAUUAUGAAGUCACCAUAGAGGGUGAAUGGUCACAGUGGUCUAAUAAAGUACCACAAAUUGAAGUUGAAACACAUAAAGUCGCGUCUCCCGAUAUUGUGGUGCCGACGCUAGACACUGUGCGUCACGAGUCACUGCUGUACACCUGGUUGGCUGAACACAAACCUCUUGUACUCUGUGGUCCGCCUGGUUCUGGUAAAACAAUGACCUUGUUCUCUGCACUGAGAGCCUUGCCAGAUAUGGAAGUUGUUGGAUUGAACUUCUCCUCGGCUACUACUCCAGAAUUGCUGUUAAAAACAUUCGAUCACUACUGUGAAUAUAGAAAAACUCCAAAUGGUGUUAUUUUGGCCCCGAUUCAGCUUGGCAAAUGGUUAGUUCUAUUCUGUGAUGAAAUAAAUUUGCCCGAUAUGGACAACUAUGGCACACAACGUGUAAUCAUGUUCUUACGUCAAAUCGUUGAACAAAAAGGUUUCUACCGUGCUUCAGACCAGACUUGGGUAACGCUGGAACGCAUUCAGUUUGUCGGUGCCUGUAAUCCUCCCACCGAUCCAGGCAGAAAACCACUCUCGCACAGAUUCUUAAGACAUGUCCCAGUAAUUUAUGUAGAUUAUCCGGGUGAGACGUCAUUGAAACAGAUUUAUGGAACAUUUACCAGGGCGAUGUUGAGAUUGGCUCCCGGUUUGAAGGGAUAUGCGGAACCUUUGACCAAUGCCAUGGUUGAGUUCUAUUUGGCUUCCCAAGAUCGAUUCACGCAAGACAUGCAGCCUCAUUACGUUUACUCUCCUCGUGAAAUGACCAGAUGGGUUAGAGGAAUUUGCGAGGCCAUAAGACCUUUGGACAACCUCGCAGUAGAGGGUUUAGUCCGACUCUGGGCUCACGAAGCCCUGCGUCUCUUCCAAGACAGACUCGUGGAAGAUUCUGAACGACGAUGGACCAACGAAAACAUCGACGCUGUUGCAUUGAAGCAUUUCCCAUCAGCUAAUUGCGAGAAAGCUUUGGAAAGACCUAUUCUUUACAGUAACUGGUUAUCCAAAGAUUACGUUCCAGUUGAAAGAGAACAGCUCAGAGAAUACGUCAAGGCAAGAUUGAAGGUAUUCUAUGAAGAAGAACUCGAUGUUCCCCUUGUAUUAUUCGAUGAAGUCUUAGACCACGUACUGAGAAUCGACAGAAUCUUCAGGCAACCUCAAGGACACUUGUUGCUCAUUGGUGUGUCAGGAGCUGGAAAGACUACUCUGUCUAGAUUCGUCGCUUGGAUGAAUGGUCUCUCGAUAUUCCAAAUCAAAGUCCACAAUAAAUAUACUGCUGAAGAUUUCGAUGAAGAUCUACGAUCGGUGUUGCGUAGAAGUGGUUGCAAAGAUGAAAAAAUUGCCUUCAUUCUGGAUGAAUCGAACAUGUUAGACUCCAGCUUCUUGGAAAGGAUGAAUACUCUGCUGGCUAACGGCGAAGUACCUGGAUUGUUUGAAGGAGAUGAGUAUACGACUCUUAUGACGCAAUGCAAGGAGGGCGCCCAAAGAGAAGGUUUAAUGUUGGACUCGAAUGACGAGCUUUACAAAUGGUUUACACAGCAAGUAAUGCGUAACUUGCACGUAGUCUUCACGAUGAAUCCAUCUACUGAUGGACUGAAAGAUCGAGCUGCUACUUCUCCUGCUCUGUUCAACAGAUGCGUUCUCAACUGGUUCGGAGAUUGGUCCGACGGUGCAUUGUUCCAGGUUGGAAAAGAAUUUACAAACCGAUUGGAUCUGGAGAAACCGACAUGGAAAUGUCCAGAUUUCUUCCCUGCUUCGUGCACCCGUAUACCCGCCACACCGAGCCACAGGGAAGCCGUCAUCAACGCUUGCGUGUAUGUUCACCAAACCCUCCACAAAGCCAACAGCCGCCUCGCCAAGAGGGGCGGACGUACCAUGGCAAUCACCCCAAGACACUAUCUGGACUUCAUCCACCACUUCGUUAAACUGCACAACGAAAAGCGUUCUGAUUUGGAAGAACAGCAGUUGCACUUGAACGUUGGUUUGAGCAAGAUCGCGGAAACCGUGGAACAAGUCGAGGAAAUGCAGAAGAGUCUGGCCGUGAAGUCACAGGAAUUGCAAGCGAAGAACGAGGCUGCGAACGCGAAAUUGAAACAGAUGGUGAAAGACCAACAGGAGGCGGAAAAGAAGAAGGUGCAGAGUCAGGAGAUUCAGCAGCAGCUGGCGGAACAGACGGUGCACAUCGAACAGAAACGUUCGGAGGUCAUGGCUGAUUUGGAGCAGGUGGAACCUGCUGUUAUUGAUGCACAGACUGCCGUAAAAUCUAUCAAAAAACAACAGUUGGUUGAAAUCCGUACAAUGGCAAAUCCUCCCGCUGUGGUUAAAUUGGCCUUAGAGUCUAUUUGCUUGUUGCUUGGUGAAAAUGCAAGUGAUUGGAAGUCAAUUCGUACAGUCAUCAUGCGUGAUAAUUUCAUCAAUACUGUCGUCAACAAUUUCAAUACAGAAGACAUUAGCGAUGAUGUACGUGAAAAAAUGAAGAGCCGUUAUCUGAGUAAUCCCGAUUAUAAUUUCGAGAAAGUAAAUCAUGCCAGUAAUGCUUGUGGUCCAUUAGUAAAAUGGGCUAUGGCACAAAUUCAGUAUGCCGAUAUGCUGAAGAAAGUGGAACCUUUGCGAGAAGAACUUAAUUCACUUGAGAAACAAGCUGAAACUAACAAAAAGCGAGGCGAGGAAGUUAAGAACCUCAUUAGCCAACUUGAGCAAAGUAUAGCUUCAUACAAAGAAGAAUAUGCCCAACUUAUUUCUCAGGCACAGGCUAUAAAAACUGACUUGGAAAAUGUUCAGGCUAAAGUCGAUAGGUCGAUCGCAUUGUUGAAAUCCCUGGUUAUAGAAAGGGAAAGAUGGGAGGCUACCAGUGAAACGUUCAGGUCUCAGAUGUCUACGAUCGUAGGAGACGUACUCCUCUCAGCAGCUUUUAUAGCUUAUGGUGGUUACUUUGAUCAGCACUACAGGCAAAGUUUAUUCACCACGUGGUGUCAGCAUUUGACCCAAGCCGCCAUACAGUACAGACCUGACAUAGCUCGAACCGAAUAUCUUUCCAAUCCCGAUGAACGUCUUAGAUGGCAGGCUAAUGCUUUGCCUUCCGAUGAUUUAUGUACUGAGAAUGCCAUAAUGUUGAAGAGAUUCAAUAGGUAUCCACUCAUUAUCGAUCCUUCUGGACAAGCUACUGAGUUCAUUAUGAACGAAUUUAAAGACAAGAAGAUUACUAAGACCAGUUUCCUUGAUGAUUCGUUCCGUAAAAACCUGGAAUCUGCUUUACGUUUUGGUAAUCCGCUCCUCGUACAAGAUGUUGAAAAUUAUGACGCCAUUCUGAAUCCUGUGUUGAACAGAGAACUGAGACGAACAGGCGGUCGUGUUUUGAUUACUUUGGGAGAUCAAGAUAUUGAUUUGUCACCUUCUUUCGUUAUUUUCUUGUCCACUCGUGAUCCUACUGUAGAAUUUCCUCCAGAUAUUUGCUCUCGAGUUACAUUCGUUAACUUCACCGUUACCAGAAGCUCGUUGCAAAGCCAGUGCCUGAACCAAGUAUUGAAGGCUGAGAGACCCGAUAUCGACGCAAAACGUUCAGAUCUGUUAAAACUUCAAGGGGAGUUCCAUUUGAGGUUGAGACAAUUGGAAAAGUCUUUACUGCAAGCAUUGAACGACGCGAAGGGUAAAAUCUUAGAUGACGACAGUGUUAUUACCACACUUGAGACACUCAAACGUGAAGCGGCUGAAAUUGGUCAAAAGGUUGAGGAAACGGAUAAAGUUAUAUCUGAGAUCGAAGCGGUUUCCCAACAGUAUCUGCCUCUUUCUCAAGCGUGUAGUAAUACCUACUUUACAAUGGACAGCCUCAACCAAGUACAUUUCCUCUACCAGUACUCACUUAAAAUGUUCCUGGACAUGUUCAGCAGCGUCCUGCACAAUAAUUCCAAACUUGAUGAUGUUUCUGAUUACCAAGCCAGAUUGAACGUUAUUACAUCAGAUUUAUUCUCGGUGGUAUAUGAAAGAGUUGCACGAGGUAUGCUCCACAACGAUCGUCUAACAUUUGCCAUUCUCUUGUGCCGAAUCCAUCUUAAGGGUGUUUCGUCCGAGCCUAAUCUGGAUCAAGAAUUUAACUUCUUCCUUCGUGGAAAAGAGGGUUUAUUCAGCAGUUCAACAGGUCCUAUAGUUGACGGUUUGACGAGUGAACAGCAAGAAGCUAUAACUAGACUUACUUUACGCUUGCCUGCGUUCAAAAAACUGUCUGAAAAAAUCAAAGAGAUGCCCGAAUUCGGUGCCUGGCUGCAACAGGGCACUCCGGAACAAGCAGUUCCUCAGUUGUGGAUUGAAGAGAAACAGCUCAGUCCUAUUGGUACCGCCAUGUACCAGUUACUUGUCAUUCAAGCGUUUAGACCUGACAGGGUUAUAGCGGCUGCUCACAAUUUCGUGUCUUCUGCUCUUGGGGCGGACUUCAUGUAUCAAGCCGAAAAGGAACUCGACCUAGCAUUCUGUGUUGAGAGGGAAAUUCGAUCAAAUGUUCCAGCUCUACUGUGUUCUGUACCAGGCUUUGAUGCUUCCAGUCGUGUCGAUGAUCUAGCUGCUGAGCUCAAUAAGCAGAUUUCCAGUAUUGCCAUUGGUUCAGCCGAAGGUUUCAAUCAAGCCGAUAGAGCUAUCAAUAUGGCUUGCAAGACCGGCAGGUGGGUUAUGCUUAAGAAUGUGCACUUGGCACCGCAAUGGUUAGUACAGCUGGAAAAGAAACUUCAUUCACUUCAACCACAUGCCAACUUCCGCCUGUUUCUCACUAUGGAAAUUAACCCAAAACUUCCUGUUAAUCUGUUGAGGGCAGGAAGGAUCUUCAUGUUUGAACCUCCACCGGGUAUAAGAGCUAACUUGUUGAGAACAUUCAGCACUGUGCCGGCAAGUAGGAUGAUGAAGGCACCAAGUGAAAGGGCUAGACUGUACUUCCUUCUUGCCUGGUUCCACGCCAUUGUCCAGGAAAGGCUGCGUUACUGUCCACUGGGUUGGGCGAAAUAUUACGAAUUUAGCGAGUCAGAUUUACGAGUUGCUUGCGAUACAUUGGACACAUGGAUCGAUGCCACAGCAAUGGGUCGUACGAAUUUGCCCCCAGAAAAAGUUCCAUGGGAUGCCCUAGUAACGCUUCUCUCUCAGUCCAUCUAUGGUGGUAAAAUCGAUAACGAUUUUGACCAGAGGCUUCUACAUUCCUUCUUGAACAAACUUUUCACGCCCAAGAGUUUUGAAGGUGACUUUGCCUUGGUUGCAAAUAUAGACAAUGGUCCUGGUGGAAACCGUCACAUCACAAUGCCUGACGGUACAAGAAGGGAUCACUUCUUGAAGUGGAUCGAAAGUUUGUCGGAUCGCCAAACUCCAGCUUGGUUAGGUUUACCGAAUAACGCUGAAAAGGUGCUAUUGACAACCAGAGGAACUGACUUGAUCAGCAAGUUACUUAAGAUGCAACAGUUAGAGGACGAUGACGAACUUGCAUAUUCCGUUGACGAUAAUUCUCCCACGGAUGCAGCUCAAAUAGACGGCAGACCGUCCUGGAUGAAAACGUUACAUAACAGUGCUGUUACUUGGAUGAAAUUGCUACCUACUUCACUACAGACGUUGAGAAGAACUGUCGAAAAUAUCAAAGAUCCAUUGUAUAGAUACUUUGAGAGGGAAGUUAAUUCGGCUUCGAGGUUAUUACAAGAUGUGUUGCACGACCUUAAUGACGUUUUAUUAAUUUGUCAGGGAGAGAAGAAACAAACCAAUUAUCAUCGUACCAUGCUUGGCGAAUUAGUUCGUGGAAUAAUACCAGUGAAUUGGCAUCGUUAUACGGUUCCGAAAGGUUGCACCGUUAUCCAGUGGAUUACAGAUUUCAGUCAGCGAGUGAAACAACUUCAGCAAGUUUCACAGUUGGUGUCUAAUGCUGGAGCAAAAGAGUUACAGAGCUUCCCUGUCUGGUUGGGUGGAUUGUUGAAUCCCGAAGCUUAUAUAACUGCAACAAGACAAUGUGUUGCACAGGCAAACAGUUGGCCCUUGGAAGAACUCCAUUUGGAUGUAACGAUUACCGAUUCUAAUGAUAAAGCCUCUAUCCCAAGCGAUUGUUUUGCUGUUGUUGGAAUAAAAUUGCAAGGAGCUCAAUGUCGCAACAAUCAGCUUCUGUUAACCUCCAGCAUUAUGUUGGAACUACCCAUAACCCUCUUCCGGUGGGUGAGAGUUACAGGUGAUGAGAAACCGAAAGAGGGCAAACUGUCUUUGCCUUUGUACCUAAACUCAACACGUACAGAAUUACUUUAUACAAUAGAAUUGAAUAUAGCACCAGGCCAGGAUCCUCAUAGCUUUUAUGAACGCGGUGUGGCUCUACUUACCUCUACUGCUCUUAAUUAAAUAUUUGUUGGAUUUUAAUGAUUACAACCCAUAUCUUAACCCUUAUUGUAUUCUAUAUUGCAUUCUCAUGUAGAUUUAUUGUAACUGACUGCAGCUGUGUUAUAAAUCAAAUUAAAUAAAGGCAUUUUAAAAAC